AGGAAGCUGCAGGGAGACACAGCUGCAGAGAGGACACAGGAAGGCCCCCUCCGAAGCCCCUGCCUGGCUCACCCAGAGGGGGGCCAUGAGCUCCCAGCAGGAGGCCAGGAGAGAUGAGGGAGACACCAGGAGGAAGGGACAGGAAGCAGAGCUGCGGGACCGAGCCCACCUGGGCCAGCAACGACGGCUCAAACAGGCCACUCAAUUCCUCCACAAGGACUCCGCUGACCUGCUCCCCCUGGACAGCCUCAAGAGGCUCGGCACCUCCAAGGAUUUGCAGCCGCACAACGUGAUCCAAAGACGUCUGAUGGAGGGGAAUCAGAGUCGGCUUCAGGGGGAGUCUCCCUUAGUGCAGGCCCUGGUUCAUGGCCAGGACAGCAAGAGGAAGACCAGUGGGACAGAGAUUCCAGCUCUUCUGGUCAACUGCAAGUGCCAGGACCAGCUGCUUAGAGUGGCUGUGAACACAGGAACCCAACACAAUCAGAUCUCCACUGGAUGUCUCAGCCGCCUAGGGUUAGGGAAGAGGGUUCUGAAAGCCCCAGGUGGGGACAUGGCACCUGGGCCAACCCAGGUGGAGCAGCUGGAGCUCCAGCUAGGGCAGGAGAAGGUGGCAUGCUCAGCCCAGGUGGUGGAUGUUGACAGUCCUGAAUUCUGCCUGGGCCUGCAGACUCUGCUCUCCCUCAAGUGCUGCAUUGACCUGGAACAUGGAGUGCUGCGACUGAAAGCCCCCUUCUCAGAGCUGCCCUUCCUGCCUCUGUACCAAGAGCCUGGCCAGUGACCGCUGUCCCAGUUGGUCCCAGAGGGAAAUACCUUGCCUU